AUGCCAGGGCAAGUUGGAAUUCUGGAACCGCUUUCAUGGAUCAAUGCAGACUAUGAGCAUCAGAUUGCUCUGAAGGCUCAUUUGGACAGCUUGUCGGUGGAACUCUCAUUACUUCGUUCAGAUGUCGUCGAUGUGCUGCAUCGGCGAAGCUUGCGGCGAAGGAGAGCUGACAUCUUCAGGGCCUGGCAUUUCCACAUCGCGCUGGGCCGCCCGAGCGCACCAAACGAGACUCGGAGAGGUGGUGCGACGAUCGACUCUCCGAGAGAGGCCCAGAGAGGGCGACAGCUGCGUAGUUUGAACACAUUGAGAUGCGCUACAAUUCUAUGCGUUUUUUUGUCCAGCUCUCUUUUGCAACUGGUCUUGAGCCACUGGCGCUUGGCAGUCCAUCGUCAGCAAAAGCCAUUGGAUUUAAGAGCCUUUCCAGCUUGGCGCUUGCAGCUUUUUCUGUGGGCUUGGCGUGGAGCAGUGGAAACUCCGCGUGGCUCAAGCAUGCGCAUGUCUAUGAGGCAUAGAGCCUGGCAGCACAGUCCCAGAAACAUCGGGCUGCAGUCCCAAGUCUUGCAAAACCGGGCUGCAUCUGCAUUGCGAACCUUGCGUGACUACGACUUGGCCUAUUUCAUUCUGCAAGCUUGGAACGGAGCAGUAGUUUCGGCCACGCUGGCUCAGCUGGGUGGGGCUCCGACCCAGGUAGUCUUCCAACCGAAUCCACACACCCAUCCCGCAGGUCCCGGCUACCGGCUUCGGCGGCCGGACCUUGACCGAGCGAGAUCACCCUUGGUGGCACGGACCUUUCGAAGGACUGCAAUAACCAUGAUGGAUGUGAUGAGAGCGUGGUAUGACACUUGUGCUUCUUCGAGGCAGUCCAGACAGCACAUCAGAAAUGCGGCCCUCAGGGUAGCUCGCGAGAUCCUGCGUUUGGUCUGGCACGUGUGGCAUGAGGGUGCUAAGGCCCAAAAAGCGCAACGAUUCUUGGUGUGGUCCCUCGAGAAGAAGCAAAUGCUUUCUCUGAGAAUGGUUUCGAAGCAGUCCAACAUGCAGAAGCUUCGCUUGUUUUUGCAGAGCUGGAUGGCCUUUUGUACAGAGAACCAGCUGCGCAAGCUCAAGAGUCGUCGAGACCAUCAGCUAAGGCGAUUGGGCAUUGAGGCCUCGGAAGCGCUGCGAUCGAUUUGGCACCUGGGUUCUGUUUUGGUGCUGCUGCGCUCUUGGCAUUUUCUCACGGAAAGACGCCGACUUUUGCAAAGCUUUGAGCAUCAGAGACAUCAAUGGCAGUUCGACAUCCACAGGGCGAUGCUGCACAAUCGAGUCCUAGAACGCUCCUAUGCAUCCAAAGACCGCGAGGCUAGCCUUUACAAUCUGGUUCGAUCGUUUCAGAAAUGGAAGGGUUGGAUGCACGCAUGCCGCCUUGGGCGUCGGAUUGCACGUGCACUGCCACGAAGGCUCUUGGAAGAGACUUGGUCGGUUUGGAUCAGUUUUCUUCAAGAUUGCAAGUUGCAGCGGGAGCACGAUGUACGAUUCGGCCGACAAUCCCAGCACCUCAAAGGCAUGUCCGGGCAGGUCGCAGCUCAGCUCUACUUGUUGUUCAGAUGCUCAGCUUGUUCUGUUUCUUUUCACGCUUGGGCACUUCUUAUGGCUGAGCAGCGGCAUAGAAGGAGAGGAGAAUCACAGAAAGAGCUGCAUCGAAAUGCGGUGCUGAAGCUGCUACCUUGGUGUGCAAGUCGCUCCCGGGUCGGCGAAUGUACCAGUCGAUCCUUUGAGCGAUGGGUUCGACACUUGAAAGGCCGAAGACUCAUUGCUCGGAUCACACAACUCACCUACAGCCGUGUCCUGGAGAAGGAUGCCACACUUCUCAGUGAUGCUUGGAAUGCUUGGCAGAAGCUCCUCAAUCGACUUCACGGCUUCGACCGCUUGCAGUUGCGGUGGGAGCAGGAAAAAUCCACAGUUGGAACCAUCCAUUUGGCUUUUCAGUGCUGGCGAUACUUUUUGGCUGUUGCUGUGCAGGAACGGCUGGGACUUCGUACCCGAGGCCAUAGUGAACAGCUUCUUCAAGCAGCAGCAAGACAUCGUUGCAAGCAAGAGUUGCGUGUUUCUUUUGUGGCCUGGUGCCAUUACUUUUGCGCAGGCCGCCGUGUGGACGCAGCCACUGCAUUUGCAAGUCUUGCUCAAGCGGAAGUGUGGCAGUCACAUUGCUUCAAGGCAUGGAGGAUCGGUGCAUUGCUGAGUGCCAAAGAGCGCACGGCUCUGGUGAAGCGACGCUGCGAGGACUUGGAGCAACGCUCAGAGGUCUUGUGUCGUUUCUUACGUCGUGGGCCUUGGCUUUCUGCCAAAUCGGUGGCGUUUCGAGGUUGGUGCCUUUGGCACCGCAGCCAGGGUCAAAGAUGUUCCGCACUCUUGCUCCUUCGGUGCUAUCGUGCGUGGAGUGCUUUCGCCAUGCAAUGCCGACGGCGCGAAUGGGCCGAAUCUGCUCGCCAAGACCGCUAUCUCUUGAGGCAUUGCCUCGGAGCUUGGCGUGCUCAGAUCCUGGAAAAGCACCAAAACGAAGCUUACGAUUGCAACAAGAAAUCAGAACGCCUCAAACAGCAGUUGCGGCAAGUUGAAGCAUGGCUUCGACAACAUGUGCCCCAUCGUGCCUUUCGGAUGCCUGCGAUCUUCUCCCAGUGGCGGAGUCAGGUUCUGCGGAAGAGUCAGGUUCUGCUAAAGAAUCAACUAUUGCUCUCCUCGUGCAUGCGUGAGUGGGCGCAGAGUUGGAGCAGCCGCCGGUACGCGACCAGCAAAGUGAGGCUGCUGGCGCUGGAGACAUUUUGCCAACGCCAGCGCUGCUACUGGCUUCAAAGGCAAGGGCUUAGGGUUUGCCGAAGAAUCUUCUCGGCAUGGUGGCAAAGCGCAGUGAGCAAAGGCUUGGGGACGGUCUUAUCCGGAAGAAUGUGCAAGAUGCAAAGGAUGUGCUCUUUGCAACGUAUUCUUAGUUCAUGGAUGGCUGCAGUGUGCAUGAAGCAGUGCCAGAGACUGCGGCAUUUCAGUUUUCAAAAGCAAUUCAGAGAAAGUCAGAAAAGUUUGAGCAUGACUGUCUUGAUUCUGAGCUUUUAUCAUUGGCGAGGGGGCUCAAGGGGCUCGCCUCCACGUCUCUACGCCUAUACUUUGCUGCUGAAGUGCUUAGGUCACCGAACUUUGUUGGAAUUAGUCUUUGGUGCAUGGCGCAGUUUGCGCAGUCUCUCUCCUGAGACGAGAAUUGAACCUGGCGUUGUUGAAGCUGCGGACGAAAUGCUCGAACUCUGCAAAUGCUUGGAAACACAGAACGCCGACUUGUUGCUCUUGUUGCAAGAGCGUGCUAAUGCCAAUACAUUGUUGGAGUUGGAAUUGAAUCCCGGCACCAGUCCGGGCAGCUAA